CUCGCGAGUCGCGACUAGCGCGCACACACACGCACAUGGGCAAGCUCCCGGCGGGCACGCACACACACACACAUGGGCAAGCUCCCGGCGGGCACGCACAUCACUCGCGCCUUAAUCUUUCGGCGGCAGUAGAACAAUCUUCGACCCUUUUCUUUAGGCCAAUCGAACCAGAUAAUUGCAUCUCUCAAAUCAACCGAUGUCGCACCCUCACCGCCCUCAAGUCCGUUCACGCCUCCAUGCUUCGAUGGCACCUUCACCUCAACCUCUUCUUUUCCACCAACCUUCUCUCCCAUAGUUUUGAGUUGUGCUGUGCUCAUAUGCCGAGUCGCGAGUAGAACACCGGGUGGGCGGAUCGCAGCGUUUCCCUCUUCACGUCAACAUGUCUUCCUCGCAUCACCGCACGCACUCACCCUCCGAUGGCGGUUUCCUUCUUGUGUUAGAUAGUUUUAUAUUAUCACUUCUUUUAAAGAGAACUUUUUCUCAGUAAUUUUGAAGGAAUUGUGUUUUAGCGUAGACAAAAUUUCCUGUCUUUGCCUUUUCUACUUCUCCCACCUUGUAUUUCUCUCUGCUUCAUUGGCGGCAAACGUGACCGCCGGAUAAUGUUUGAUCGACUGAAGGGAGUGUUUGAGCGUUUUGUUCGUCCGCUGCAGUCGAGUUAUCUCGGUCGGUACUUCAAAAAUGCCCAGCUCAAUAUCACUUUUUGGAAGGGGGAAAUACUGUCAUGGGAUAAUCUUGAGCUUAAUGUUGAAGCAUUUGAUCAUCCCCAGUUGCCAUUCUCCUUAAAGCACGGUCGGGUCCAGAAGCUAAGCAUCACAAUUCCAUGGACAAAACUUGGGUCACAACCCGUCGAAGUUAUUUUUGAGGGGGUUUGUGUAUGCGUGUCCCCGCGGGAUGAUGAAGAGUGGAGUUCAGAUGCCGUGGAAAAAAGGGAACUUGCUGCCAAAAAGGCCAUACUUGCUGCUGCCGAGCUGGAAAAUUUACCUAGACACGCAUGCGAUGGUCAAGCUUGGCAAUUAUUUACUGGAAAGAUUCUUGGGCGCAUCCAAGUAUCCAUCAGAAACUUUAAUGUUUUGUACUGUGAUAUGCAAAGAGGCUUGGCACCUGUUAUCUUUGGAUUAAAGUUUUCCAGCUUGAUGAUAAUGAAGCAAAAUCCCAUUGGGUCAUAUAGUGGAAUAGUGAGAGGGAACCAAGUCAACAAAAUUGUGGAGAUUAAAGGUUUGGAAAUUUAUUUUUGCUGUUUGGAAAAUGAUGUGGACUACAAGGAUAUUGUUGCAGAUGCGACAUCUGAAGUAGAGAAAUGUGACUCUCUAUUGGCACCAUGUCAUGUAUCUGUCCUCCUUACGGUCAAUCGAUCAGGAAAGCUGGAUGACAAUACCCCUCAAUAUUCUGUUUCUGCUGAUAUGACUUCCUUGGUCAUCUCCUUGAAUAAAGAUCACUUGCAACAGAUAAUGAUCCUGUUGGACUAUUUAUGCAUAUGUCGAUUAAGGGAGAAGUAUGGACGUUAUCGUCCCUCUUGUAGUCCAUCAUCAGGAAUUAGAGGCUGGCAGAUAUUGUGGUGGCAUUAUGCUCAAGAAUCUGUUCUAUCUGACGUUCGCAAGAAAUUGAAGAGAACUUCAUGGAGAUAUUGUGGACAGAGACUGGGUUAUUGUCGAAAGUAUGUCAACUUGUACAAGAAGAAGUUACGUUCGCUUCAACUAGUCCAGCCAAUGGAUGCGGAUGUUAUUCGGGAACUGGAGCAAAUGGAGGAAGAGAAAGACUUGGAUGUAGAAGAUAUUUUGAAUUUAAGGUUGACUGCUGAGCAAGAACUGCAGGAGCUUGUAUCAAACUCUUCAACAACAAACAUGGGGAUGAAUGAUAGUCCUAUUGCUGUAGUGAGUUCUGGAAAUGAUGAGCUUUCAACAGUCCAAUCCCGUGGAUGGCUGGCUUGGCUAUCCCGUGGUGUGCUUGGUGUUGGAGGAACAGAUGAUUCUAGUCAAUUUUCCAGUGUUGUGUCUGAUGAUGUUGCAAAGGAAAAUUAUGAGGAAACAAAGUUCCAUGCUGGAAAUCUCUCCAGUGGGGAUGUUGCUGCAAGUGACAAGAAUUUUCUAUGCAGGAUUCGAGUCAGCAUUCAUCAAAUAUCUGCAACAUUGUGGAGCAAGAUGAGCUGUCAAGAUAUCAGCAAGUUAACUUUUAGUGGGGCAGUUGUGAAGUGUGAACUUUUUAAAAAAUCUGCAGCCAUUAUUGUCAUGUGUAUGUCAGCAGACAUGGUUAAUCCAUAUGGAAAGGGAGCUAUUCGGCUUAUGAGAAGGGAUCUUGUCCAUAAAGAUGAUGUGGAUGGCGAGGAUUCUUCCUGCUGCAUCAAAAUGGAUGUGUCAUCAACAGAUGGGGUUGAAUUGUUGGUGAAGGGCCUGCUUCAGACACUUGAGGUUACUUUUGAUACAGAAUAUUUUGUGUAUUUGAUGGAGUUCUUUGAUGUGUUAAAAUCCUUCAAUAUUCAGAAUGAAAAGGAGUUGUUAUUGCUGAAUGGUAUUGAAGAUAGUAGUGCUCGAUUACUAUCAAAAGCUGAAUACAUUUUAUCAAGUCAUAGGAAAGUGGUGUGGGAUGUUAGAUUGGUUGAUAUUAUCGCAUAUGUUCCCUUGCAAAAUGCACUUCAUGAGCAAUUCAGCUUGGUAUUGAGAUUGGGGACUCUUCUUUUGAGGUCAAAAAGUCUUCUUGAUUCUUCCCCUUCAAUUGUUGAAGAACAACCUUAUACAUUGAAAAAACUCUUUGGAUCAAGUUCCUUUUCUAAGGCAUUUGGACUUGAGGAUCUGUAUGAUUACUUUGAGGUCAAAAUAAAUGAUAUUGAGAUGAAGAUUUUGAUGUCCGACCAAUCUGAAGCUAUAUCUAUAUUUGAGAAACUUGGUGCUUUUAUAAGCAUAACAUUUUGCAUGAUUCCUGAUGAAUCAAUACCGAAGCAGUUGGAGGUUCAUAUUAUUCUCUCAACACAAAAUAGUUAUUGUGAUCUCCACUGCUACCCUUUUGUUGUUGGGUUGCUGAUUGGAUUCUUUGAUAGGCUGUCUGCAUAUGGGACAUCUUCUGCUGGUAACCGCUCAAUUAGCUCGACAGUUGAUACUGAAAUCUCAAAAGCUGUGUCAGCUGUUGGGUUUCAAAGCUUUGGGUUCUCAAACUUUCGUAAUGAAGGUUGUUCUGAAUGGGCAAGCAUCCCUUUAGAUCAUUUUCCAUUUGUUACUGUAAAAAAUUCUGGUUGGUUUGGUAACCUUGACGGUUCACUUCUUUAUAACAGCUCUGACUGGAGAAAGUAUUUUUAUUUAAUGGACACACCUAAAUUCAGUCUGAGGAAGGGAUCUAGAUUUUUUAAUACCUCACUAUCGAAAUCCACAACUGGUAUAGAAGCAUUUCUAGAUUGUUGGAGUGCUGGCAUCCCUAAUGCAUUAGUUAUUGAUUUGCAUCUCUCAGGGAUCAGAGUGCAUUUUCAUGAUUCCUCGUGCAUUGUUGGAACUGUUACAUUACCUGAUACUAAGUCUUUAAUGUUCAUCUAUGAAGACAGUAUCGACAUAUUGUGCUCUGCUGUGGGAUUGAGUCUAACCUCUUCAUGGUGUACCCAGAAUUUCCAAGAGUUUCUAUGGGGCCCAUCAUCACCAAACUUAUCUCCUGUCUUAAAUUUGCGUGUAAGAAAAGAAAAUAGUAGAGUAUUGGAUUCUCAAUUUGAAGUAAGCAUUGGUGUGCAGCAUGUGUGUUGCAUUUUAACUCCUGAAUAUUUGUCCAUAAUUAUUGGUUACUUCUCAUUGUCUGAUUGGAGCUCCAGUUCAAAUGGUCUGACUGCCAGUGAAGUGUGUGGGGAUACUAAUACAGAAAAUGACAGUUCCAUUGUGUGCAGGUUUGAGGUAUUGGAUGCUAGUUUAAUUUUGCCUGUGGAAAGCAAUCAGCAUCAGUUCCUAAAAUUUGAAAUUCAACAGCUGUACUGCAGUUCCUAUGAUUGUUUCUCUAAUAAAAUAUUGGAUGACGUUUGUCCUGAAUAUUUUGUUCUACUCCAUGAACCUUUAGAAGAAAAAUAUCACUGUAUAAAUGUAUUUGGACUGAACUUGAUCCUGUCAUCUCUGCUGUUCAUGGAUGAUGGACAUGGUUGCUUAACCAACUAUGUAGAUAGUUCUUUAGUUGCAUCCUUAAAUCUUGAUAUUUGGGUUAGAACACCAUGUGAAAGUCAAUUCCCUUGUAAAAGUUCUCCUUCAACAUUUGUCAUUGCCCGGACUGCGAACUGCCAGGUUACUGCUGAUGGUGACAACAUAUUUUAUGGAUUUGAGGCGCUACUGGAUGUCAUAAAUCAGUUUUCCUCAGUUCCUGAUCAAUCUAAAUGUUUCAAAUCUGAUGUUCUGCAGUUUCUUCAGUUAAAGAGGUCUUUAAGGGAGAAUAUUUCACCCAUUGCCUCAAGCACAAUAUUCACAGAAGUUUGGUGUUAUGUUGAUUCGUUGCUGAUAAAAUUUCUUGGAUUCCAAAAAGAGCCUGUUGCUCAGGCUAAAAUGCGCUUUAAAUGCUCUGCAAAAUUGACUACUGACACACUCUUAAGCUUGGGCCUUGAUUUCUCUUCCUUCGAGUUCUCUUCUUUGCCUAAUUCUUUGGUAUUAGCACAGUUCAACUCCACUUCCACAUUCAUAUCAGUUCUUGAGAUUUGUCUUUCAGCAACAGUUAAUGGUGAAGGUGAACUUUGUGUUUCUCUUCCUUCUGCUGAUAUUUGGUUACAUAUGCCCGACUGGACCAAGGUUGUUGAGUCUAUUGCUCAUUCUGUGAAACAACUGACCAAGGCAGUUGAUCCAUUAGAAAAUUCCAAUGUUAGUGUUUCAUUAAAUUCUUUUGAUUCUUCAAGUGUUCCACCUCAUUUUGCACCAGAGAAUAAGAAACAGGAUGCUGUUGUCCGAACUGUGAGGUCUGAAAAUAUCAGUAUUACAUUUCAUUUCCCUGUCUGGGUUCAUGAAGAAGCUCAUAGGGAUUUUCACACAGCUGGAAAAUGUGAUGAUGCAACUGAAGGAAAAGACUGUAAAUUUAUCUCUGUUACUUUUUACAGUAAAAAUAUUGAAAUAUUUAAGGAUGCUGGAGAUUUCAAACUGAAGUCCAAUUCAGAAAAAAUGAGCGGUGCAGUAUUGGUACGUGAAAAGGAGACUUUUCAAUCCUUGCCUCUUUUCCAUUUAUUUCAGGUUAAUGUGGAGGCUGAGGUUACUAAGAAUCAUAUGGAUCCUUUGCAUGUAAAAGUGGAAAUUCAGUGUGAUCAUUCAGAUUUAUGGGUUUCACAUCAUGUAUUCUACCUGUGGCAUGAUUUACAAAUUAAUUUUCUUGAGGCAGACUCUUCUCCCUUUGUAUUUGGGGGUAUCGUCUUUGAAGUCCUGUUAAGGAGGGUUUCUAUUCUACUUAGUGGUGGAAGGUGGUCUUGUAGUGGACCUCUUUUUCAAGUUCUUAUGAAGGAUGUCCUCCUGCAUGCCAAUGUUGCCGAGAACAGCGUGGAUGGCUCAAUCACUGGUGACCUCCAAGCAAACUACAAUAAUAUUCACAAUGUCUCAUGGGAGCCUUUUAUCGAGCCUUGGCAAUUUCAUAUCACUGUAGUUCGAAAAGAUGAGAUGGGUGCCCUAGUGGAUGAUUUCGUCAUGACAGAUAUCCAACUGAAAUCAAUUGGGCAGCUUAAUUUAAACAUUACAGAAUCACUCAUUGAGUGUGUUUUUAUGACAAUUGAGAUGAUUAAGGACACGUGGGGUCUGAUGCAACCAUAUGAUCUUCCUGAACACUACAUGUUUUACGAGUGUCCCUACACUGAUACAGCUGCAGGAAGAUAUGCACCCUAUAUGCUAAAAAAUUUAACCUCUGUUCCACUGUUAUAUCAUGUUUAUCAAGGGAUAGUUAAUCGUGAGGGGAUAGAUGUCUCAGACGUCAAAGAUAAGAAUUAUGUGCAGCCUGGUGGUUGUGUUCCAAUUUUUAUCAAUGAAGCACCCGAAGAACAGCUUUUUCAUUACAGGCCUCUCCAUUCUUCUAAUAGACUUCAUGAGCAGGAAUCAAAAGGGGUUGCUCGUCAUUUUAUUACCAUUCAACUGGAUGGAAUGUCUCUGCCUUCAGCUCCCCUUUCAAUGGAUCUUGUGAAAUUGACUUACUUUGAGGUUGAUUUUUUUGGGAAUUACAAAUAUUGCACUGAAGAGAGUAGACUUCAUACCAACAGUGGCAUUGUGGUUCCUGUUGUGUUUGAUGUUUCAGUGCAACGCCAUUGCAAGUUAAUACAGUUAUACUCAACGGUUGUACUUAUGAAUGCAACAUCAAUGCCAUUGGAAUUGUGGAUUGACAUACCAUUUGGUGUAUCUGCAAAGAAAUACGGCCCGAUACAUCCUGGUCAAGAGUUGCCACUGCCUCUUCAUUUUUCUAGAGCUGAUCGUGUGAGGUGGUGUCCAAUGGGAGAUUCAUACCUUUGUAGUGAGGCAUAUGAUCUCUCAAGCCUUAUUUCUCAGGAGAGCAAAAUUGGAAAUUUUAAAUCCUUUGUUUGCUACCCUUCUCGUGUAAGUGGUCACCCAUUACAUUGCUGUUUAUCAGUUAGAAAUAUCAGAUUACAUUCUUCUGGUCAUCCAGAAGCUUGUUCUUCUCUGCAUAUGAAAGGUGAGCUAUCGGUUGAGAACUCUGGUCAAGUAUUGCACAAUCUGGAUGAAUCAAAGAUGCGUUUUCUUCACCAAGUGACCAUAAGCACUCCAUUGGUAGUGAAUAACUACCUUCCUACAGAAGUUUCAGUGAGCAUAUGUACUGUCGGGAGUGAUCUAAUUACUUGCACCAACCUUUCAGAGAUGGGUACGUCCUUUCAUCAUAUUGAUCCUUCACAUGACCUACAACUGGAGAUCAAUAUGCAUGGAUUCAAACCACUGGAUUUGAAGUUCCCUCGAAGAGAAACAUUUACUACAAUGGCUAAGUUAAAUGGAACUAAGUUCUCACUGUCUGAAACUGCGAGAUUUAUUCCAUGCUUGUCAAGUGGUCCACUUUAUGUUUCAGUGGAGAAGAUGAUGGAUGCUUUUUCUGGUGCCAGGGAGCUCUUCAUUUUUGUUCAUUUUCUCUUGUAUAAUUGCACUGGCUUUUCACUCUUGAUCUCAGAAUCUUCUGAUGAAAUGACAGGAGUGACCUGUUCUAUUCCUCCUUGUCAUGUAUUGGUUGAAGACCAUGCUCUGCACAAGAAAGAUGGUCUAAGCCUGCUAUCUACCAGCCAAAAUGCCUGUCCGCAUAAUCAGACGAAAUCUGUUUCUGAAGAUCAUGGUGUCUCAACUGGGACAAUUGUUAGGUCUGGGAGAUUUCUAAGAAAAUCUUCAAUUUCAACUAAUUCUCCCCUUCGAAAUUCUCAUGAGCAGUCAAAUAACAAUUACUCAGACCAUCACAAGGAUAUUUUAGAAAAUCUUAAGAAUGGAUCUCCAAAUGAUCAAUUUUGUUCAAGGGAUGCAAACAUUGUUGGCUAUGAGCAUGGAAACGUUAGGCCGUACAUGUAUUCUCCUAAGCCUCUUUCCUCUACCGGUGAACUUGUUGUUAGGGUACGUAGGUGCCUGCACGAAAGCGUGGAAGAAACCCUACCAAAUCCUUUAUGGUCAAGUCCAUUCCCUCUUGUUCCAGCUAGUGGUUCAAUGGCCGUUCUUGUUCCUCAGCUGUCAUCGAGUGCUUCCUUUGUGAUUUCUGUGACAUCUAGUGCAGUUUCUGGACUACUUGUUCGGAGGACAAAUGCCAUUACUUUCCAGCCCAGGUAUAUCAUCAGCAAUGCCUGCAGCAAGGACUUAUUUUAUAAGCAGAAGGGAACCAGUCAUAAUGUCCAUCUGAAGAGGGGAGAUCACGCACAUCUCCAUUGGACAGAUACAACCAGGGAGUUACUGGUUUCUGUCUGUUUUGAUGAACGGGGUUGGCAUUGGUCAGGCAGUUUCUCCCCAGAUCAUCUAGGUGACAUCCAAGUAAAAAUGCGUAAUUCCUCUGGUGCAUUAAAUAUUAUACGGGUUGAAGUACAAAAUGCUGAUGUUUCCACUGGAGAUGAAAAGAUUGUUGGAAGCAUAGAUGGGAAUUCUGGAACAAACUUGAUUCUCUUAUCAGACGAUGAUAUGGGAUAUAUGCCAUACAGAAUUGAUAAUUUCUCCAAGGAGACUCUACGCAUAUACCAACGGAGGUGUGAAAUUUCUGGGACUAUUGUUCACUCUUAUGCAUCUUGCCCUUAUGCAUGGGACGAGCCCUGCUACCCGCAUCAUCUCAUUGUCGAGGUACCUGGAGAGCGUUUUCUUGGUUCAUUUCAACUCGAUGAUGUGAAAGCCUACAUGCCUGUGUACCUACCAUCAACCUCUGAGAAGCCUGAGAGAAGAUUGUGUUUUUCAGUCCAUGCCGAAGGAGCAACAAAGGUCCUCAGUGUUAUUGAUUCGAGUUGCCAUAUCUUUGAUGAUAUGAAUAAUUCCAGUCUCCUUCGCUUCAGAGAAAAAAGAAAGCAUGAUCAAAAACAUAACAAGUUUGUAAAUUGCAAGGAGAAAAUUUCAGUCUUCAUUCCAUAUAUGACUUUUUCCUUGAUUAGUUCUUGCCCGCAGGAAUUGAUUUUUGCCUGUGCCAAAAAUGUAACUAUCAAUCUACUACAGAGUUUGGAUCAGCAAAAGCUUUCCUUCCAUAUCUCAUCCUUGCAAAUAGAUAACCCUUCACACAGCACCCCAUAUCCUGUUAUGUUGUCAUUUAAUCAUGGAUACAGAUGCGACCCAGCUGGGCAAUUAAAAACUAAUGAUGAUUGUUCCAAGGCAAGAACUGAGAGCAUACUGCAAAUGGCCUCAGAUAAUUCUUGUGAACCUGUUGUGUACUUGACAGUGUCAAGGUGGAGGAAGAAAGAUGUUUCAUUGGUUUCAUUUGAAUAUAUAAUCAUAAGAGUAGCAGAUUUCUGCCUUGAGCUGGAAGAGGAGUUGAUAUUAAGCUUGGUUGGCUUUUUCAAGAGUGUCUCUUCAAUGUUUCAAUGUUCCGUCUUAGCAUUUUCAAAGCCUUCACUGCAUGCUUAUCAAAUGGACCCCUCAACAGAAGUUUGGACUUCUGACUAUACCACAAGAAUAGAUGACCAUUUUCAUUGGAUGAAUGUUAAUCUGACGGGUGGAAACAACAUGAGCAGUCAGUUGCUACCUUUAGUAGUACCUAUUGGAGCUCCUGGACAGCAGAUUUACCUCUUGGCCAGAAGACAGAAGAAGAUCUAUGUUGAAGUAUUUGAUUUUGCCCCCAUUAAUUGUACUUUAAGUUUUUCUAGCACCCCUUGGAUGCACAGAAAUGGGGUCCUUUCAUCAGGAGAGUCUCUUCUCCAUCGAGGUCUAAUGGCACUUGCUGAUGUUGAGGGAGCACAAAUUAAUUUUAAGCAGUUGUCUGUUGAACAUAUAAUGGCUAGCUCGCGGUCUAUUCAAGAGAUUUUUAUGAGGCAUUAUACUCGGCAGCUUCUUCAUGAGAUGUACAAGGUGUUCGGUUCUGCCGGUGUUAUUGGUAAUCCCGUCGGAUUUGCAAGAAAUAUGGUGCUUGGAGUCAGAGAGUUCUUAUCAGUUCCUGCAAAGAGCAUCCUGCAGAACCGUACUGGUCUUAUUACUGGCAUGGCACAAGGCACUACUGGUCUUUUAAGCAACACAAUAUAUGCUGUAAGUGACGCUGCAACACAGUUUAGUAAAGCUGCACACAAGGGAAUUCUUGCAUUUACUUUUGAUGACCAGGCUGUUUCAAAGUUGGAAAAGCGGCGAACUGGUGUAGCAUCAUACAGUAAAGGUGUUAUAAAUGAAGUAUUAGAGGGACUCACCGGUCUCCUCCAAUCACCAAUUGAAGAAGCUGAGAAACAUGGUCUUCCUGGUAUCCUCUCAGGAAUGGCUUUGGGAGUGACGGGGCUUGUGGCAAAACCAGCAGCCAGUAUUCUUGAGGUUACAGGAAAAACUGCCCAGAGUAUUAGAAAUCGGAGUAGGAUAUCUCAAACAAAAGCACAGCGCUUUAGGGCCCGUCUUCCGAGGCCUUUAAGGAAGGAAAUUCCCCUAAGACCUUACUCUUGGGAGGAGGCUAUUGGAGCAUCGAUUCUUAUAGACACUGAUGAUGGCUUAAAGCUCAAGUCUGAAGUGUUAGUCAUUUGCAAAGCACUCAAACAAGCUGGUAAAUUUGUUGUCAUCACAAAGAGACUUGUGAUAGUUGUUAGUUGGCCUAGUUUGAUUGACUUGGGCAAGCCUGAAUUUCAGGGCAUUGCUAUUGAUUCAGAGUGGGUGAUAGAAAUAGAAAUUAAUUUGGAGAGUGUGAUACAUUAUGGCAUUGAUAAAGAGGUUGUCCAUAUUGUUUUGAGCAGUCAACAUAGCUUAAUGAAGCAGAACCUUUAUUCUCCCAAAAGAAGCAGCGGAGCAAGGUCAUUGCAUUUUAGCAAUUGUCCUGCUCUCCCAAUUUUUGUGAAUAAUUUGGAACUGCCAAGCGAAGAAGAUGCACAGUGCUUCUUACAGAUUUUGAAGUCUACAAUUGAAGGGGGGGAAAAGCACCGUGGUGGUUAUGGGCAUAUUUUGCAUCAGUGUAAUAUUAAGUAGAGAAUUUGAAUGUUAUGUAAUAAGAUCAAUCUCCCUGUUCCUUUUGUAAUGAGAUGAUAUUGAUAAAUGAGGCUGUCAUUUGACCAUAAAAUUGGAAGCUCAUGGAUGAAUUCGCUAGGGUUU